UGGGCGGGGCAGGAGGCCGCGCGCAGAGGGAGGUGCUGCGGAGCCGCUUAGGGUCUCGGCGUCUGUCGGGCGGAGGACUCGGCGGGGUCACCAAGGGCCAUGGCGGAGGCGGGUCCGGUAACGAUGACUUUUGAUGAUGUGGCCUUAUACUUUUCGGAGCAAGAGUGGGAGAUCCUGGAGCAGUGGCAGAAGGAAAUGUAUCAGCAAGUGAUGAAGACCAAUUAUGAGACUCUUGAUUCGCUGGGUGGCAUUUUCUCCAAGCCGAAUUUGAUCACCUGGAUAGAACAAGGGAGAAUGCUGUUAAUCAGAGACCGGGGACCCUUGGAGAAAAACAUGACAUUUAGCCCUUCUACUGAUGAGCAGUGGGACUUGCAGAAGACUGGAAAGUUGCUGUAUUUUGGUGACCAAGGAACUCUCGGGGCAAAAGAGGAGGAAGGCCAUUUAAAUGGUCUAAAGCAGGGUUCAUGUGCUACCUUAGCAGGGCAGGAAAGGAAGAUCUUAUCAGAUCAAAGAGCUGCGUUACAGCAUCCAAGUCUCCAAGACAUAGGGAUUGUACAUAGGAACCUCGACCUCGGAGCAUCUGGUCAGGAUAAGAACAAUCCAGGGCGUAAGCGGACAGGUACUCCAGACCACCUGGAAAUUCCACCAGGACCCAGAUGUUAUUCCUGCUUUGUCUGUGGGAAGGUUUUUCAGCUAAAGAGGGACUUGGAAAAGCACAAAAGAAGCCACUCUAAGAGCCAGCCCUGUAAAUACUCCAAGUACAAAAACAAAUCCAGAGGGAACCCCGAGCUCAGGUGGCACCGGAUGAUCCUACGUAAGAAGCAGCGUUUCCAGUGUGGCAAGUGCGAGAAGAGGUACUGUCUCAGAUGCAGCCUGGUCACUCACCACUGGGUGGUUCACUCAGGGCAGCAGCGCUAUCCAUGCCCGGAGUGUGACAAGACCUUCCAGUGUAAAGCCACUUUGAAGAAGCAUCUGUGUUUGCACAAAAGGGAGAAGCCAUUUUCCUGUGAGCAGUGUGGCAAGGGUUUCAUCCAGCGACGCAAGCUCACAGAGCACCACAGGGUGCACACUGGGGAGAAGCCUUUCCAGUGUCCAGAGUGCCACAGAAGCUUCCGCCUACAGAAGAGUUUGAAGGCCCAUCUUUGCCAACACAACGAGAAGAAGCCCUUCCAUUGUCCAGAAUGUGGCAGAAGCUUCUCCCGGAAGGCUGCCGUGAAGGCCCACCAGAGAACGCACAGUGGAGAGAAGCCGUUCUCUUGUGACGAGUGUGGUAGGAAGUUCACACACAAGACAAAACUCACUGAACAUAUCAGAGUCCAUACCGGAGAGAAGCCCUUCCAGUGUCCUGAGUGUAAGAAAAGUUUCCGCCUGAAGAGAAGCCUAAAAGCCCAUCUGUUUCAGCACAGUGGGAAGAAGCCCUUCCAGUGUCCCGAGUGUGACCGGAGCUUCUCUUGGAAGAAUGCCAUGAAGGCCCAUCAGCGUUUACAUAGUGAGGAGAAGCCGUUCUCCUGUGGUGAGUGUGGCAAGAGGUUCACCCGGCCCUCUAAGCUCACUCGCCACGGCAGAGUCCACAGCAGGCAAAAGGAAUUCUCCUGUGGUGAGUGCAAAAAGACCUUUCCUCGGCAGUCGAGACUCACGGAGCACCUCAAAGUCCACACCAGAGAAAAGCCCUUCUCCUGUUCUGAGUGCCCUCGGAGCUUUAGCCGACACUCGCACCUCACUGAGCACAUGAGACUUCACAGUGGGGAGGAUCCUUUCCAGUGUCCCGAGUGUGACAAGAGCUUCUUCUGGAAGGCCUCCAUGAAAUUCCACCAGCGGAUACACAGGGGUGAGAAGCCCUUUGCUUGCGGUGAGUGUGGUAAGACCUACACUCAACAGUCUCAGCUCACGGAACACAAGAGAAUCCACAGUGGAGAGAAACCCUUCCAGUGUCCUGAGUGCCACAAAAGUUUCCGUCUCAAAGGAAAUCUGAAAAGCCACCUGCUCCAGCACAGUGACAAAAAGCCAUUCUCCUGCGUUAAAUGUGGCAAAAGUUUCACUCAGCAGUACAGGCUCACCGAACACAUUCGAGUCCAUAGUGGGGAGAAGCCCUUCCAGUGUCCCGAGUGUGACAAGAGCUACUGCAUAAGGGGAAGCUUGAAGGUCCAUUUGCAUACGCAUAGUGGAGAGAAGCCCUUCAGGUGCUCGGAAUGUGGCAAGGGGUUCCUCCAGAAGAGAAGUCUGAAGACCCAUCUGCACCAUCACAGAGGGGAGAGGCCUUUUUCUUGUGAUGAAUGUGGAAGGAGCUUUACGUACAUGGGGGCCCUGAACACUCAUGUUGGAGUGCAUGCCAAGGAGGAGCCCUUCGGUGUCUAGGUCAGGCGGUGCAGAAAGGAGGCGACAGCUUUCAGGUGGAACUAGCAGCUUGUGGAUCCACAGUAUCAGCUGGAUGAGGAAUUCACAACAUGUGGGCCUCAGAUACGCUGGCCAGCUGCGCAGCAGGGAGGACGUGAUGGCUGCUUGACGGAGACUCCGAUGGGCCAGACAUCCCCGCUCCGCAAUCCCCAUGGGCCAGGCCUGCCAGUCAGGGAAGGAGCAUUUUCUCUCCACUUUCUGUUCCCAGGCCUCCUUACUUAAAUUUGUGUUGAGAUUUUCAGUGUUUUUUCUCCCGCGUGCUGAGAGAGCAUCUGUGUUUAGGCAGGAUUUCUCUCUAUUGCCAAAAAUAAAUGUCAUCUCCCAUCUCCUUCGUUAA